AUCUCCAAAAAAUAGAAACUACCCACUUGUCUAUCACCUGGUAAAUGGGUAAACAAAUUGUGAUACAUCUACAGGGUGGAAUACUACUUGGCAAUAAAAAGGAAGGAACUGUGGAUAUAUGUAGCAAUAUAGAUAAAUCUAAAAAGAACUAUGCUAAGUGAAAGGAGCCAGACACAAAAAAUUACACUAUGUGAUUCCAUUAUAUGACAUUCUGACAAAGGCAAAGAUACAGGGGCAGAAAUGAGAUCAUUAAUUGCCAGGGGUUGAAGAUGAGGAGAGAAGAUUGAUUUACCUAGGGACACAGUGAUUUGGAUGAUGAAAAUGUUCUGUAUCUCCAUUGCAGGGUUUAUAUAACCGUGUUUGUUAAAGCACAUUGAGCUCUACUGUGUAUAUUUUCUAUACAGAAAAUAUAAUUAGCAAACCUAUGAGUUCUAAUAGAUAAUUGUUUAGAAUGAUGAUAUUUUAUAUGUUCAGAAACACUUCAAUAAGUAAAUAAUGACAGUUCAUAUGAUUAAGAACAUGCAAAGACACUAAGGUGUGAUCAAGCUUGCCAUGAUUCAGGAACAGAAAGAAGCCUGCUGUGGCUACAGCAUAGCUUCAGCUUCAAAAACAGGGUAAAAAGUUUGCAUGUUAUUCUAAGUACAGUAGGAAGCCAUUGGAAGGCUUUAAACAAGUAAGUGACUUAAUACAUCUGUUUAAAGGAUCACUUUGGCUACUGAGUGGGUGAAGAAUGGACUUUAAUAGGAUAGGAGUGAAAAUCAGGUGACCAGUUAGGAAGCCGAUUCAAUUGUCUGGGUGAGAGAUGAUGGAGACUUGGACUAGAAUGGAAAUAGUGUAGAGGAGUAAAUACAUAGGUUUUGCAUGUGAAGUUCAUAGGACUUGCUGAUGGACUGAGAUGAGGAAAUGCAAGGAAAAGGAAUCAAAGAUAAGUUUUCUUUGUAGUAACAGGUGGAUAAUGGUACUGUUUUCUCACAUGGGGAAGAUUGAAGGAAGAACAGGUUUAGAAAUGAAAGGGUAAGAAUUAAGGAUUCUAUCUUAAAUUUGAGACCCCUAUUAGAUAUUUGUGUGUGUGUACGUGUAUGAUCUGCAGUUUUGGGGUAGGGCAUCAUGGUUAGUGUUGUAGAUUUGGCACAUCAGUUCUGCGGUUGUCGUGACACUGUGGGAGAUUCUGGAGAGUAUAUGGAUGGAGAAGAGGAACCAGGAAUGAGCACUGGGGCACUUUAAAAUCGAAACAUAAAAGGGACAUGAAGUUGCAACAUAAGGGAAAGAACCAGUAACAUGGAACCGGAAGUUAGAAGUGUGGUACUAAGAAGUGCUGAGUACUCAUAAGAAUGUAUGACAAGAAGUCUGAUCUUGUAGUGAGUGGUCAAAGAAGACUUCUCUGAGGGUGUGACAGGUGAACAGAAGUCAGUGAUAAGGACUAUGAAGAAAAUAAAAGAGGCAACCCUGUAAAAAAGAUGAGUAGAAGUUAGCCAGAUGAGGAUCUUUGAGGAGAGAAGAGUAUUCCAGUCAGGUUGAAGACAUUGAAGAAAAAAAAAGGUGAGUAAAGUUGAAUUUGUAUAUAAAGAGUACUAAACUAGGCAAAAUUGAAAAAUAAGACCUUCAGUGGAACAGUGUAGAGUACAUCUCAGAAUGGUCUUUCCAAAAGAAGGAAGGCUAGGGCAUUUAGCCACGGAUGAUUCUCCUUUUGUUAAGGGGUUCCUGGAGGUGUUAACUCCCUCACUCUUCUGGGCUGAACCCUUGCUGAACAAACUCCAUUUUGAAGAACAUUCUGAGGCAUGUGCUCUGUCCACCUCAGCUGCAGCUGAGAUCAGGCCGGCCAAGGAGAUGAGCCAGGCUCCAGUAGCCUCUGUUACAAACCUAGUUUCUGAUAUUAACAGGCUCUAGGUUUGAUGCCCCUUCAUGGAAUUAAACAUAAACUUAGAUAUAUUGAACUACAUAGUAAUUGUAUAGAUAGUAUCCAUCACCUACUUCAAUGUACAGUAGGAUUGCACUUCUUGACUAAUCUUAUUUUGGAGAAAAAUGGAGAAGAUAAUCCUGUCUGUCAUUUACCAGGGUACAGAGCAAUUAUGCUCCAGACUUUGCCACAGCUUAGAAUCCUAGAUUGUAAGAACAUUUUUGGUGAACCAGUAAAUGUGGCAGAAGUAAACUCAUCAGGUCUACAGUGCUUUGAAGGUCUUUUGGAUAAUUUAGUUUCUUCUGACUCUCCCCUAAAUAUAAGUGAAGAUGAGAUCAUUGACGGUAUGCCAGUGGUAACACCACCUAUUGAUGAGAUAGCUCCCUUGGAUCAGUUUACAAGUACACCAACGGAUACUGGUUUGACAUCCUUUAUAUCUGUGUGUCCCUCUUCUGAGCCAGAGAAAGUUAAUCAUGAAAAUGAUUUUCAGAAUGAGAUGAAACUUCAGAAAUUAGAUGAUCAAAUUUUACAGCUUCUCAGUGAAACUUCUAAUUCUUUAAUAGAUAAAGUUCCUGAGAAAGAUCUCAGACCAAAAAGAGAUACAGAUGUGACAUCUGAAAGUGACUAUGGAAACAGAAAAGAAUGCAGUAGAAAAAUUCCUCGAAGAUCAAAAAUCCCAUAUUAUUCCAAAACUAUUCAAACUAUUAAGCACCACAGUAAAAACAACAGUGCUUUUAUAAGUUGUAAUCGUAAAAUGAAACAACCUUUCUUUAAAGAAUUAUAUGUAAGCUCAUCUUUAGUGAACAGUAAUACAUUAGAAGAAUCAGAAAAGCAGAAGACUGAAAUAAUUAAAGUAAACAACGGUAGCUCAGAAAAUGCCACUUACCGGGCACUUGUUGAGGAAUUAGACCAAGAGAGAGAGAAGAGAUGGAAAGCUGAACAAACUGAAAAGAAACUUAUGGAUUAUAUUGAUGAACUGCAUAAACAUGCAAAUGAAAAAAAAGAUAUUCAUAGCCUGGCUCUUCUGACUACAGAUAGGCUGAAGGAAAUUAUUUUUAAAGAGAGAAAUUCCAAACUACAACUCGAAAUUAUGGUUCACAGACUUCAAAAUGAAAUUAAAAAACUCAGUAUUGAAUUACUUAAAGCAAGAGAUCAACAAGAGGAUCACAUUAGACACUUAAGAACCCUGGAAAAAGCAUUAGAAAAAAUGGAGAGGCAAAAAGGGCAACAGCAAGCAGCACAGAUGAGACUUAUCCAGGAGGUGGAACUCAAAGCUGCAGCUGCUGAUAGAGAAAUAAACUUACUUAGAACUUCUCUUGAUCAAGAAAAGGAACAGGUGCAACAACUUCAUGAACUUCUUGCAUUGAAAGAACAAGAACACAGGAAAGACCUUGAAACAAGGGAGUUUUUUAGUGAAGCUGAGUUCCAGGAAGCGUUAGCUAAAGAAAUUGCUAAAGAAGAGAGAAAACAUGAGCAAGUUAUAAAAGAAUACCAAGACAGAAUUGAUGGAUUAAACCAACAGUAUAUGGAUUUAGAAAAUGAAUUCCGUAUUGCUCUAACUGUUGAAGCCAGAAGAUUUAAAGAUGUUAAAGAUGGUUUUGAAAAUGUUGCAACCGAAUUAGCAAAGAGCAAGCAUGCUCUUGUUUGGGCUCAAAGAAAAGAAAAUGAGUCUUCCUCUUUAAUUAAAGAUCUAACCAGUAUGGUGAAAGAACAAAAAACAAAACUUGCAGAAGUUUCUAAAUUGAAACAGGAAACAGCAACAAAUUUACAGAAUCAGAUCAACACACUUGAGAUUUUAAUUGAAGAUGACAAGCAGAAGAGUAUUCAAAUAGAACUUCUCAAGCAUGAAAAAAUGCAGCUUAUUUCCGAGCUAGCAGCCAAGGAGUCGCUAAUUUAUGGUUUAAGGACAGAAAGAAAAGUGUGGGGACAUGAGUUGGCACAACAGGGAUCUUCUCUAGCCCAAAAUCACGGGCGACUAGAGGCUCAAAUUGAAAGUUUGUGUAGGGAGAAUGAAUCUCUGCGAAAAGCAAGUGAACGUGAUAAUGACACAUUAAGAAUUAAGUGCAAAAUCAUAGAAGACCAGACUGAAACCAUUGGAAAAUUAAAAGAGUGUUUACAGGAAAGAGAGGAACAAAUCAAAAUAUUACAUGAAAAGAUCACUGAAGUACAAAAAUGUACUCAAGAACAACUUGAUGAAAAAUCUUCACAACUGGAUGAAAUAGUUGAGAAACUAGAAAGACACAAUGAAAGAAAAGAAAAACUAAAACAGCAGUUGAAAGUAAAGGAAUUAGAACUUGAAGAAAUUAGAAAAGCUUACAGUACUCUUAAUCAGAAGUGGCAUGAUAAAGGAGAACUUCUAUGUCAUCUUGAAAUGCAAGUAAAAGAAGUGAAAGAAAACUUUGAAAACAAAGAAAGGAAACUUAAAGCAGAAAGAGACAAAAGUAUUGAACUGCAAAAGAAUGCAAUGGAAAAGCUUCAUAGUAUGGAUGAUGCCUUUAAAAAACAAGUUGAUGCAAUUGUUGAAGCUCAUCAAGCUGAAAUAAUACAACUGGCAAGUGAAAAGCAGAAAUGUAUUGAUUCUGCAAAUUUAAAGGUUCAUAAAGUUGAAGAAGAAAUGCGUGGACUUCUGGAAGAAACAUGCAAGAACAAAAAGGCAAUGGAAACAAAAAUUAAGCAACUUGCUUUUGCUUUAAAUCAAAUUCAGCAAGAAAUGUGAUUGUUCUGAGAAGGAAUUUAAUUGAAAUGAACCAGCAGACCUAUUGUAAAAAUGAUUAAAUAUUGUAAUAGUAGUAAUUGCUAUGACUUUGAAAUGUCUCUUUCUACACAUUUCAUCCUGAUUAUAUUUUAAAAGACUUUUGAUCAAGUAUUUAUUAAUUGUAUAUGUAGGUUUUUUAUAAUAAAUUGUUGACAAUUAUGUGUAUUAGAAAAACCUAUCAAAAUAACUAGAUUUAAAACACUUUUUCUUGUUUCUGUAUACAUUGUUUAGUAAUUACACAUUUGCCUACAAAUAUGUUAAUGAAAAUUCAGAUUAGUAUUUUGACUAUAUGAGGGAAAGUAUUUUAAUAUUGUUGUUAAACUUACUGUGUUGAUGAAAAACUGAUUAUAUUUAUUGGCUGUCCUUUAGCUGAUGUAGCUCCAGUCUUUUAAAAUGCUCAUAAAUGUAGCCAAAAAAUAUUUUAAGUCUGUAUAAGAGAUGUGGCAUUUUUAAGAAUGCUUAUGUAUGCAUCUCCACAUCACUCAUAAUGACCCCCUUUUAUAUAAUGCAUAUGACUUUUUCAUUAAAAAUUUUAUUUAAGGUUUUAUAAACAUUGUCUGUUCCUCAAGAGG